UACAUACACGAACUCAUAUUUUUAUAAAAAUAUUCUGAUAUUUUCAGGUGAUGUCUACAAUGGCUUGAUCAACUGUUUGAUUUGUGGAGACGUGUUUUUAACUGCAAAUAAUUUCGCUGAUCACAGCUUGAGAGUACAUGCCAAGGAGAGAUUUAGAACUGAGGAGAAAUUCCACACUGGAGAGAAAUUCCACACUGGAGAGAAAUUACACACUGGGGAGAAAUUACACACUGGGGAGAAAUUACACACUGGGGAGAACUUAUACACUGAGGAGAAGUUACACUUUAAAGAGAAAUUGUACACUGGAGUGAAAUUAUGUACUGGCAAGAAGUUAAGCACUGGAGAGAAAAUACACACUGGAGAACAUAGAGCUGACAUUAUUGAGAAGACCAAGAAAUCUAUUAACACCAGACCCAAAUAUCAUUGUUGUGAUAUAUGUCAAAAGAUGUUUUACAAUAAGCAUGAUAUUGUAAAUCAUAUGCGAAUCCAUACCGGAGAAAAACCUUUUAAGUGUCACACAUGUGCGCAGUGUUUCUCACAAAAAUGCACCCUUCGAUUGCAUAUGAGAAAAACACAUAAGAUUAUACAAGAAGAUUAUAAACCUAAGAGAAUACAACCUCCUUUCUGUGAGCUAUGUAAAAGAAGCUUUACAAGAACAAAUUCCUUCCGAAAACAUAUGUGGAAUAAACAUAAGGUCAUUCAGGAUGGGUUUAAGCCUAGUCCAUCAAUUCCAAAAGAACAAGGAGCUGAGCUUAGAGAGAAGACCAAGUAACAUACCAAAUUCAAAAUGCAUUAUUGUGAUAUAUGACAAACAAUAAAAGUGAAUUGUAUAUCAUAUGUGAUUCCACACAGGUGAAAUAUAUGAGAUGUGUUUCUCACAAAAAUGUAUCCUUCGAUGGUAUAUGAGAAAAACAUUGGAUGAUACAAUAAGAUUUAAGCCUGAAAAACAAUACAUAAAUGAAGAUCAAUUAAGGGAACAGAAAGUCCAAAUGAGCAAAUAUAAAGUUCAACAGAGUCAAUUGAAAGUUUUGAUUAUGCAAUUGACAGUUUAAAAGAGCCAAGGGGAGGUUCAAAUUAGCCAACUAAAAGAUUCAAAAAAUAUAAAGAGAUUCAAGUAAGGCGACAAAAAGUGCAAAGAAAUUUUGGUAUCGAACCAAGUUUGGAAGGGAUAUAGGGAAUGCAUCCGUCUGU